AUGCGCGCUUUCACCUUGAUCGCCCUUGUCCCUUUUGCUCUCGGCAUCAGCCCGCAUCCUAUGUUAAACUUGGAUUGUACCGAAUAUCCGGGACCUUGCAACAACAACUGCUACGCGGCAUAUGUCGCUAACAAGCCGUUAAUUCUGACAUACAAUGGGCCCGACGGGAAGUCCGGCGGACGCCGGAGCGCGGCUGGUUGUGUCUCCCCUUCCCCAUGUCGCAAUGACAAGAUGAAAAAACCGACUCAAUAUGACGAUACCUGCGAUGAAUAUCCUUACGCGUCUGUUGAGGAAGGUGGCCCCGACGCAAUCAUUCGGUGCACUAGAGGACAUGAAAACUCGAAAGAGGGUAGGGACUUGAGUAGCUUCUUCAGAUCCACCUGUGGCAAUAAGCGCUGCACGUUCCGGGUCAACUUUGGGAACCCCGGUGGAGGUAACACUCCCUACUGUCUUAAUGGAGGUGGUGCAAACGACGGUUACCAGUACUCGUAUAAGGGUAGAGGGAAGUAUGAGCUUGCUAGCAGAGACUUCGACAGUACCGAGGACAGCGAAUUGGCCCUGCACGAGCCAGAUCCAGCCGACUUUUUCGAACCUCAUCUCCGCCGUGAAUUCCUUCUGGAGGAUGGCAGCCGCACCGUCCUCUCGUCGCGCGAUCAAACCGCCUCUUACGACGAUACGGUCUUCUACUCCGUGCGCAACGGGACAGUGGUCGAGACUAGAGCUGUCAAGGAAUUGCUUGGUGAGGAGAAAAGCCCCGAAUUGCAACACCCGUCCUUGCGUCGUAAGAGAGAGCUUCAAUUCGCUUCAUAA